AUGGCGCCGGGCACCUACAGGGCAGUGAUGUGCGAGAAGAUCUCGCCAUCCGCAACUGAAGGUAUCGAGGCUGCCGUGGUGCGUGAAGUCCCUUGCAAAGCAGAGCUGGGCGAUCAGGAGGUGCGCAUAUCUGCAAGAGCAGCGUCGUUGAAUUUUCCAGAGCUGCUGAUGAUGCAGAACAAGUACCAGUACAAGCCCAAGCUGCCGUUUGUUCUUUGUACGGAAGGUGCCGGGAUUGUGGUGGAGACAGGCCGCAAGGUCAGCGGCUUGUCCGUGGGCGACAAGGUCUUCUACGCGACAAUGGCGGGCUGCGCUGCGGAAGAGCUCGUGCUGCCGGCACAGAUGUGCAUCAAGAUGCCGGAGCCCCUGUCUUUCAGCCAAGCGGCGAGCUUUCACAUGGGCUACAUGACAGGCUACCAUGGCCUCGUGACGCGAGGGCGGCUUAGAGCCGGUGAGUGGUUGUUGGUGACAGGCGCUGGGGGUGGCAUGGGCUCUAUGGCUGUGGAGCUGGGAAAAGCCGUCGGAGCGAAAGUCAUCGCAGCUGCAAGCUCAGACGACAAGCUAGAGAUGUGCAAGAAGUUGGGCGCCGACUACGUGGUUAACUACAGCAAGCAGAAGCUGAAGGAUGCAGUCGGAGAGAUCACAAAGGGCGAGUUUUGCGACGUUAUCUACGACCCUGUGGGGGGCGAGAUUUUUGACCAGUGCGUGAGAUGCGUGACACCGAAGGGCUAUGCCCGGCUGCUUGUCGUCGGCUUCGCGUCCGGCACCAUCCCGAAGUUCGGAAUCAACAUGGCGCUGAUCAAGGGCUUCGACUUGGUUGGAGUCCGAUCCGGUGCUCAAUUGGGUUUGGCCCUCACGCAGCAGGGUGGCUUGCAACGCUGA